AUGAGAAUGCAAACUGUCCCCAGUGGGCUGCUGCUGGUGAAUGUCAAAAGAAUCCUGUCUAUAUGGUUGGUUCUGAAGCGGAUGGUGGAUAUUGUAGGAAGAGCUGCAAUGCGUGCUCAUCUUAGUGAUCAUUUUCCUAGAAGAUCAUCAUAUUCAUUCCGGAGACAGGGCUCUUCCGGCCGCAUUUGGGACAACCGACCGGAGCUAAAGGGUGGUGGGUCGCAUGCAACCACAUAUUCUGAGAGCACACAGGAACCUAGAUUUGACAACGAACGGUUCAAUAAUUUGAACCCUUCUGUUGCCUCUGCAUCAUCUGGACCUGAAAGAAAGGUGCACCAUUCCGUUGCAUCGGCACCUAGAUCAGAACAUAAGGUUCAAAGGUGCGCUUUUGCUGCCAUUCUCAGGCGAUGUGUUGGAUCACAUGCCUCCUAG